AUGGAACUGGGCCCGGAGCCCCCGCACCGCCGCCGCCUGCUCUUCGCCUGCAGCACCCCUCCCGCACCGCAGCCCGUCGUGAAAGCGCUGUUCGGCGCGCCAGCCUCUGGGGGCCUGUCGCCUGUCACCAACCUGACGGUCACCAUGGACCAGCUGCAGGGGCUGGGCAGCGAAUAUGAACAGCCACUGGAGGUGAGAAACAGCAGUCUGCAGAGAAUGGGCUCCUCCGAGUCAACCGAUUCAGGCUUCUGUCUGGAUUCUCCUGGGCCCUUGGACAGUAAAGAAAACCUUGAAAACCCCAUGAGAAGAAUAAGUUUCCUGCCUCAGAAGCUCUUGGGAUGUAGCCCAGCUCUGAAGAGGAGCCAUUCUGAUUCUCUUGACCAUGACGUCUUUCAUCUGAUGGACCAGGAUGAGAACAAGGAAAAUGAAGCCUUUGAGUUUAAGAAGCCAAUAAGACCGGCAUCUCGUGGCUGCCUGCAUUCUCAUGGACUUGAGGAGAGUAAAGAUCUCUUCACACAGAGGCAGAACUCUGCCCCAGCUCGGAUGCUUUCCUCCAACGAAAGAGAUGGCAGUGAGCCCGGGAAUUUCGUCCCUCUUUUUAUGCCCCAGUCCCCUGUGACAGCCACCUUGUCUGAUGAGGAUGAUGGCUUCAUGGACCUUCUUGACGGAGAGAAUCUGAAGAAUGAUGAAGAGACCCCAUCGUGCAUGUCGAGCCUCUGGACAGCUCCCCUUGUCAUGAGAAGAACGACAAACCUUGGGAAUCGAUACAAGCUGUUUGACUCUUCGUCCACGUGUAGCUCCGUCACCCGGUCAGUGUUAAAAAGACCAGACCGAUCUCAAGAGGAGCACCUGCCCGCAAAUACAAAGCGGAGAAAGAGCAUGACUGGGGCCGGUCCCGAGGAGGCAGCCAGUCCCGAGAAGCCCCAGGAGAUUCUACAUCAGUCUUUAUCCUUGGCAUCUUCCCCAAAGGGCACCAUUGAGAACAUUUUGGAUAAUGACCCAAGGGACCUUAUAGGAGACUUCUCCAAGGGUUAUCUCUUUCAUACAGUUGCUGGGAAGCAUCAGGAUUUAAAAUACAUCUCUCCAGAAAUUAUGGCAUCUGUUUUAAACGGCAAGUUUGCCAGCCUCAUUAAAGAAUUUGUUAUCAUUGACUGCCGGUACCCAUAUGAAUAUGAGGGAGGCCACAUCAAGGGUGCGGUGAACUUGCACAUGGAGGAGGAGGUCGAGGACUUCUUACUCAAGAAGCCCAUUGUACCUACUGAUGGCAAGCGCGUCAUUGUCGUGUUCCAUUGCGAGUUCUCUUCUGAGCGAGGUCCUCGCAUGUGCCGAUACGUGAGAGAGAGAGAUCGGCUUGGUAACGAGUAUCCCAAACUCCACUACCCUGAGCUGUAUGUCCUGAAGGGCGGGUACAAGGAGUUCUUCCUGAAAUGCCAGUCUCACUGUGAGCCCCCCAGCUACCGCCCCAUGCACCACGAGGACUUCAAAGAAGACCUAAAGAAGUUCCGCACCAAGAGCCGGACCUGGGCAGGGGAGAAGAGCAAAAGGGAGAUGUACAGCCGUCUGAAGAAGCUGUGAGGGUGGCCACGCCGGACUACAGCAGCCUGAGCUUCCCUCCGUGCCUCCCCCCUUCCCUCUUCGCUGCAGAGAAACGUGAGCGAAGGGGCCAGCCGUGUGCGCAACGUGCGGAGAGAGGACCGGGGCUGGUUCGCCUUACCCCCGCCUCUGCGCUCCCGGGCUGGGAGCCUCUUCUGUCCCUGUAAGACGUUCUCCUUCUGCCUCGGGACUGGCUGCCAAGGCUGUCACUGGCCACAGCAUCGUUCCGAGCACCGAGUCAGGAAGUUCUGACUUCUCAUGCCCCGACCGCCCCUGGCCGUUGGACAGACCACCUGGGGCCUUAUGGUCCACUGUCCUCUCCGGAGGGGAGGCGUCGGAGAGUGAGAGAGAAGUCACGGAAGCAGAAAUGCUGCUGGCCAGAUACCAAAGACAGCCUGGGAAGGGAACGGUCUCAGUGGGAUAACCCGUAUCUUUAAUUUAUUCAACUUCAUCAAUCACUUUAAUUU